AUGAUAUGCAACAUCACUUUAGGUACAGCUCUUCAGUGGAAUCUAACAGGUGUGCCAGUGGCGGGCGAUGGCAACAUUGGAAAAAAUGCCAAUAAUCUCAACCAACCUCAAUGGUUACACAUUGAUGCAAAUGGUUCACUCUAUAUAUGCGAUUACAGUAAUCAUCGAAUUCAACUUUGGCUACCAGGAGCCACGAAUGGUACGACUGUAGCCGGCGACAGUGCUUGCAAUUCUGGAUCUAGCUCGAAUCAGCUUAAUCACCCACAAGGGAUUGAGUUUGAUAAUAAUGGAUAUAUGUAUGUAGUUGACGCUGGUAAUAAUAGGGUGCAACGCUAUUCACCCAACUCAAACAACGGCACAACUAUUGCUGGAAUAGCAGGUGGCGGUGGUAGUGCAACUAACAAGCUAAAUCAACCAAGUGGCGUUGCUGUUGAUGCCGCUUUCAAUAUUUUCAUCACUGACUCAGGUAAUCACAGAGUAGUGAAAUGGGCUUUGAAUGCAACAAAUGGCAUCGUUUUAAUUGAUGGUAGUGCCGGCGGUGUAGCUUCUGGCCAGCUUGGCAAUCCAUGUGGCAUUUUACUGAUCAAUGGCUCUCCAAACCAAGUAUACCUGAGUGAUCAGAGCAAGGAUCAUAUCCAAAUAUGGACAUUCGGUGCAGAUACCGCCAAUACAACAUGGUCUACUGCUAAUGGCGCCAAUCUCAACCAACCGGCACAGAUUGCGUUGGAUACGUAUGGCAAUUUGUACGUUGCUGAUAUGAAAGGUAAACGAGUGGUUGUGAUUUGUGCCAAUUCAAUAACAGGUACUGUCAUACUUGGAACUGGCACAAGCAGUACACCUACACUCAAACAAGUAGGUGGGAUUGCAUUUGAUUCAAAUCUCAAUUUAUACGUUUCCGAGAUGACACUAAACCAAGUAUACAAAUAUACACGACUAUGA